AUGUUAAGUACUGAAGAACUUAUAAACGAAAAUGAUUCUCAAAAAAAUCUUAUUGACUAUUCUGAAAAUCAAAGAGGUGAUAAUGAUCAGGAAGAAGGAACAAAAACAAUGACCGUAUGGUCAAUACUCAUUCUAAUAAAUAUUAUUGUUUUUCUUCUUUCUUUACAUUCAUCAGUAUUUUUUGAAACCCCAUUGAAAACCAUAGCAACUGAAGUAAGAAAUAAUGUUAGUAAAGCUCAGACAUUUAUAAUGAAUCAACCUAUUGAAAAUGAACCGACAUUAUAUCAAUGGAACAAAGUAGUAGCAGCUACUAUUAAUGAUUAUUUUUUGACACACUCUCAAAUGUUGAGAGAGAGUCAUUCUCUUGGAAAAGCAUUAUUAAACACUUUCAAAACCUUUGACAAUUUUAUAGAACAAGUCUCUCAUGGAAACCAAACAUUUAUAGUUGAUGACAUUGUCAUAUCAAUUGUUAAUUUAAAGAAAUUAUCAACAUACAAUAAAUUUAGAGAUGCUUUGUUAGAAACACAUGUUGGUGUUAUAAAACAAGGACUGUUCACAGCUAAACGAGGACAAGAAUUUAUUCUUCAAUCAACUAAUGAUGGACUCUUCCAUCCAGGGCCAUUUGUUCAAAUUAAACCAAAAAACACAACAAAGGUUAAUUAUUUUGAUCCUGUGUUUUAUGAAGCAGUUGGAUAUGACAAUAAUUUUAUUACUCAAUUAGAUGCCCCUUCUAGAAAAGCAUCAACUUCUGGGGUUGAUGAAUCAGAUAAUACUAAUGGGUCAGGAUUUUUCACUCAAGGAGCAUUCUAUGUUCGAAGUCCUUUUGGUAAUAAAACAUGGCAAAGCCUUGAUUCGUUGUCUAUGAAAAGUGUUAUUCCUGCUAUAUCAAGUAAAUCAAUAAGAACGUGGAUUGCUUGUAAUGACAGUAAUUUAAUUCAAUGUACUAAUUUAAAAUGUAGAAAAGACAGUGGGCUAAAUGGUCAAAGUCGUCAUAACAUUCCCUGUGAUAAGCAGCCCUUUGGGUUAGUUGGUAGUAAAACAUUAGGUGGAUAUCCAAUGAUUAGUUUAGACCAAUUAACAUGGUAUUAUUAUGUUCAAGGAGAUGAUACUCCUUACCUUGUCAAUGGGUCUAUUGCUGAAGAAUUAUUAGAACCAUAUGAAAACACAUUUGUCAAUUAUCAAAAUACAUCCUCACUUGGAUAUGGAGCAAUUUCGUAUGUUGUAUUAUCUGAAAUGGAACGAGUAGUAAAUGUUCAAACUGGAGCGGUUUGUUAA